GAUGCAGUGCCAGCAGGUCGCCCGUAUCAUCCUGACCACAGUGUUCUGUGUACUUCUCUCCGCUGGUCUGGUCGUGGCCUACGCCUACGGUCUCCGCUUCAUCUACACCGCCGACGGCUAUCUGUCAUUCGGGCUGUACGGCGCCAUCUUGUUUUUUCACCUCCUCAUGCAAAGCAUCUUUGCCCUUCUCGAAAAUCGAAGGAUCAGAACGGAAGUUCUACCCGACUGUAAGAACAAGAAAAUCGCUUUGUGCAUCUCAGCGUAUCAAGAAGACCCGUUCCUUCUACGCAAGUGUCUUGAAUCCGCGCGUGACAUUGACUACCCGGAUCUUAAGGUCAUUAUGGUGAUAGACGGGAAUAAGAAGGAUGACCUCUACAUGAGGGAUAUAUUCCUGGAAGUGUUCGGAGAAGAGGCAGAAACGUGCGUUAGUCAGCAAAACUAUCACGUAAAGGUUCCGUUUAAAGUGCAGCUAAAGCUGGCAAACUUUAGCAAACCGAGCUCUGAAGUGAAGACUGAAGUGGAAAAUGGUAGUACUGGGAUAGUACACGGGACUAAUAGAGCCUUUGAGGAGACCAUACAGAACAAACGGUAUGUUUGUGUCAUGCAGAAGUGGGGAGGGAAGAGAGAGGUGAUGUACACGGCGUUUAAAGCUCUAGGGAACACCGUGGACUAUAUCCAAGUAUGUGACUCGGACACCAUCUUGGAUCCACAGUGCACGAGGGAGAUGGCGAAGAUUCUGGACGCGGACGAGUCCAUUGGAGCUGUGGGAGGCGAGCUGCGAAUCUGGAAUCCUUCCGACUCGUGGAUCUCCUUCCUCAGCAGCCUGCGCUACUGGAUGGCCUUCAACAUCGAGCGCGCCUGUCAGUCCUACUUCAACGUGGUGAGCUGCAUCAGCGGGCCUCUAGGGCUGUACCGUAACGACCUUCUCCAAGGUUUCGUCGAUGACUGGUACAAGCAAACCUUCCUCGGGACCCGAUGUACCUUCGGCGACGAUCGCCACCUCACCAACCGCAUCCUCAGCCUCGGCUACGGCACCAGAUACACGGUCCGCUCCUUCGCCUACACGGAAACUCCUGCCCAGUAUCUCCGCUGGCUCAACCAGCAGACCCGCUGGACAAAGUCGUACUUUCGCGAACUACUCUACAACGCCAUGUGGUUCCACAAGCACCACAUUUGGAUGGCAUACGAGGCUGUGGUGACCACAACGUUCCCCUUGCUGGUCACCAUCACGGUAGUCCGCCUCUUCUACAGCGGCGUCCUCUGGAACAUCAUUCUCGCCCUUCUGGUCAUCCAGAUAGUCGGAAUCCUAAAAGUCCCAUCUACGCCAAGCUUCCUUACGGGUGACGCUGUGAUGAUGUAUACGUCCAUGUACUCGUUCCUCUACAUGACCAGCCUUGUGCCGAUAAAGUUCUGGGCAAUCAUGACCAUCAAUAAGACCGGGUGGGGAACUAGCGGGAGGAAGAAAAUCGUAACAAACUUCAUGCCAAUCGUACCUUUGAUCACGUGGGCGUUGGUCGUUUUCGGGGGAGUGGCAUACACAAUCGCGAUGGAGUCAUGGAUAGAUCUAAACAAAACCAAGAUCUUGUAUCUUAGCAUUGGCUUCGGCGUUCUCGCGGUGUACUGGUUCAUAAUGCUGGUGCUGUCCCAGUGGAAGAUCUCGUACAGCGGCCCUAUAGACGUGCUGUCCGAACUGUGGAGCAGGCUCCGCAAGUGUCCGGAAUUCCGUCCAAAACGGCGCAUUUUAAUAAGGAAGAAUGUCUCGAACGGCUCCUAUCAUGAGCCGCCCGGUCAGAGCCAGUUACAGGACUGUAACGUUUGAUAUAGUCAAAUUCAACCAAAUGAUCCGAUGUUCAUAAUUGUUUUGCGUUGUUUUCUUUUAUUCGUCCAAAUACUAGUGUUGAAGUUUGAGCACAGAAAACAGUUUGGAGCAGCCUUGUCUUGUAUCCGUGUAGGAAAAUAUCUAUAUCUGAACAUUGCAUAGAAAUGGUAUCCAUUUCAAUCAAUGUACUCAACCAAUGUAAUCGCAUACGUAUACAAGAUUCAUACAAUUCAUCAGUAUUCGUGCCACAAGGACCACAGAUGUCCAUGAUUUUUAAUAAUUGUGUACUCGUCUAUUCUGUAUGUAAUUGACAACUAUGGUAUCCA